CUCCACCUAUAUAUUGCAAUGUAAUGUAAGUCUUCUAUGAGCGCCAAUAGAGAGUGAUCAGCGCAUAUAUUAGGCUUUAUCUUUUUGUUGUUAAAGCAUAUAUACGUCUAAUUAGCCGUUAAUAUAAUGGAAGAGAAAAAUAGCACUGUUUCGGAGUCUCCGGCAAUCGAUGAGACUGCCUCUACGGAGAGCCAGUCAACGGCGCAGAAGGAGGUGCUUCCAACAGAAGACGCCGUGGUGCAGCCGGCUGUUGGCGAAGGCGUUGGCUCUGGAGGAGAAGGAUAUGGCCAAGUCAGUGAUGGAAUCGCUGUGAAAAGGAAACGAGGAAGGCCGAGAAAGUUUGAGAUUUCAGGCCCCGUUUCUUAUAUUUCGGAGCCUCCUCCAAAACGGCCAAGAGGACGGCCCCGUGGUUCAGGGAGAAUCCAGUUUUUGACUUCCCUUGGUGGAUGUGGGAUAGAAACUGCAGGAGGAUGCUUUACACCUCAUGUUUUGGAGCUAAAGGCAGGACAGGACAUCGUACCCGAAAUAUCAUCUCUGGCCGUGUUUCCUCGAGCAGCUAUUGUUCUCGCUGCUUCUGGAGCGCUAUCCAGUGUCGUUUUAGCGCGUCAUGGACAACCUGGUGGUUCCGUGAGAUAUGAUGGCUAUUUUGAAAUCUUGUCGCUGAACGGGAAGUUUACUUUCAGCAAAGCGAAUGGAAGGCCCCGCAGGGACGGCUACUUAAGUGUUGUGCUCGCACACCCUGAUGGAGGCGUAUUUGGUGGUGCUGUAACUGGAUGCUUGAUUUCUGCUAAUCCAGUUCAGAUUGUAGUUGGGACAUUUAAGCAGUCCAUCCGCAAGAAAUAUCGAAAGAGGAGGUUCGGAGGUGAAAAUUCUGCUUUGAAUUCUGUCGAUGAUGGUUUAGGAUCAGCCAUGGCAGCUAUACCGAUUGAAGUCGUACCGAGGAUAGACAACAAUGUUUCCAUCAUUCCAACACCGGCAAUGCCCGAUCCACAACCGAUUCGCGAGGAAGAAGUUUCUAUCGAUCAUGGGAAUAACCAAACCGAGAGCCGUACAUCUCUGCGAGUUCAUAGCUGCGAGAACAACUUGGAAUCCUCGCCGCCGCCGAUGUCUCCAGAGAAUGAUAUUGCUACUCCUUAGACUUUCAGGUCUAAAGAUUAAAGUGACCAUUGUUGCUGAUCUAAUUAUUGAUGCUGGGGAUUGGUUACUUUAUUCAACUUAGUGACCGUUGUGGCUUAAAGGGACAGGCGUCAUUCAUCUAUGGACAAGGAAGAAGGAAUAGUUCGUUCUUUUCUUUUCAGUUUCUCUCUCAUCAUUGCUACAUCACUGUAAUCUUUCUUAUGAAUACUCAUCUCAAAUCAAUUCACGGCGCUUAUUACCUUGUUACUAGUAAUAACUAGUUUGCUAACAGUAAAAUGGACCGUGUUCGUCUAGGCCUUGUUCGAUUUUGGGCUUUUUGUUAUCCAAUAGUUUGGUUAGCCCAAACAAUAUCCAAAUGCUUUACUAAAUGACUGCCCAAUAACCAAAAGAAAACCAAUGGCCCAAUAUCCAAAUGCAAUCAAGAAGGGCU